GGAUCCCGCCGUGACCCCGGCCGGGGGAGCGCGGUGUGGCCCCGCGCCUGCCGUGCGGUGUCAGAGGGAAAGAAAAGGGGGAGGCGGUAGGAAAACCCCGUUCUUGCAAAAAUGCGGCUCGCUCUCUUCUUGUCCUGGUGCUGCUGCCUGCAUGGAUGCGCGCUGGGCACUGGCUUCCUCUAUCAAUUCCCAGCAUCAACCCUGCAGCACAACUACCCAGAGCAGAGCUCCGGCUCGCCGGGCAGCGGCUUCGCCAGUCGCCGGCACUGGUGUCACUACACAGUCACAAGGACAGUCUCCUGCCAGGUGCAGAACGGGUCAGAAACGGUGAUCCAGAGAGUUUAUCAGAGCUGCCGCUGGCCAGGACCUUGUGCCAACUUAGUGAGGACUCUCAUCAGGCCCACGUACAAAAUGUCCUACAGAACUGUGACCACGCUGGAGUGGAGAUGCUGUCCUGGCUUCACAGGGAGCAACUGUGAGGAGGGUUCCUCUGGCCGCCAGCUCGGCUCCUUCCCCAGCCAGGACCAAUGCAUGAACUGCACCAGGCUCGCUGACAUGACCGAGAGGCUGAACACGCUGGAGGCCAAGAUCCUGCUGCUGGAGGCUGCAGAGAGGAGCCCAGCCCUGGAGAACAACCUGCCCAUCACGGGCACCACGGCCUCGUGGGACCAGGAGCUGCUGCCUGAUGCCUUCCCCCUGCUCAACCCUGGCACUGUGCUCAGGAAAUCCCUGGGAGCUGUGGACACUAAAGGACACAGAGGUGCAGAGGAGCAGCUGAUACCACAGGGGAUUCCAGGACAGGUUGGUCCCCCUGGCCCAGUUGGACCCACUGGGCUGCCAGGACCACCAGGGCCCAAAGGAGAGAAGGGACAGCCUGGUGAGAGGGGACCUGCAGGGCCACCAGGGAUGUUGGGACCUCAAGGACCAAGAGGACUUCCAGGAGAAACCGGGAUCCCAGGUCCCCCAGGUCCUCCAGGGCCACCAGCCACCCCAAGCCUCCCUCUCACCUUCCAGCAAGGGGUUCUCUACUCACUCCAGCCCACAGCGGAGAAGGAAAAUGGAGAACCCCAGCUGGCCUCCACGGUCAUCGACACCAUCAUGGCUGGACUGCCCGGACCACGGGGAGCCCCGGGGCCCGCGGGGCCACCAGGGCCACCAGGUGCUUCAGGACCUAAAGGGCCCCCAGGACCCAUUGGAGCCCCAGGAUCACAAGGCUUGCCAGGAUCUCCAGGACAGCCUGGACCAAAAGGAUCCAAAGGAGACCGAGGGGAGAGAGGGCAAGCAGGUCUGCCUGGAGAGAGGGGCAUUAAGGGAUUUCCUGGUGAACCAGGCAAGAAGGGUGAGGAAGGUGACAAAGGCGCUGAUGGGGAAGGUGUCCAGCAGCUUCGAGAGGCUCUGAAGAUUCUAGCUGAGAGGGUGUUAAUCCUUGAGCACAUGAUAGGAAUUCAUGACUCUUUGUCUUCCAUUGAGCCAGGCUCUGGACAGGAUGGGGUCCCGGGCUCCCCCCUGAGAAGCAGCAUCAAGAUCAAGCGAGGAGGACCCCGGCAGCCCCCAGCCCACCAGAUCCUCUCUUCCCUGCUGGAGGAGGGCGAAGCCAGAAGGAGAAGCCACAGGAUGAAGUAGGAGCAUCUCCGUGCCCUCCCUGCCUGCUCUCCAGUUAAAGAUACAGUACCAGUGUUACUGCAGCCUGCAGAUGGGGUGGGUGGGAGGCUGCAGUGUUGCUGCCUGGGUUUCCUUCCCUUCAACACUGAGCCCUGAUUGCAGGGAAUGAUUUAUCCAUAGCUCUGAGAGGGGUUUGAGAACGUUUUCCUUGAUUUUGUUGUUUUGGAAUAGCAGUUGUCAGGUGUCUCAGAAGCUGCCUGCACAAGUGACACCCCCUGGCUGUGCCUCAAGGCUUUAACCCUGCCCUUGUUCCCUCACUGCCCCUGAGUAAAGCUCUGCUUAACUGGCCCAGACCCAAAGCCAAGCUCAGCCUUGUCCAUUGCUGCAGCUGGAGGAUCUGCUUUUAUUUCCUGUGUUGGUGUCACACUGACUUCCAGGUGUGACUUCCACAGGCCGUGAAAGCAUGACCUGCAAGGAUUAUUUUUAAACAAAGAACAAAAUAGAAUAUAAAGUACAUUUUAAAGUAUUACUCUGAAAAUUCAGGUGGAUCUCUGGACUUUAGCAACAAAAUCCUGGCUUUUCAUCUUGCUAAUUGCAUUUGAGUGACAUUAUUUCUAUUUGUGG